AUACUUAGUAAUAACAUGCCGUCUUGGUGUGUGGAAAGUUCUUGAUUGUUCUACAGUUACUUCCGCAGUUUCAUUGUGUGCACAAAAAUCUGGUCGAAAGAAGUGAUAUUGAGUUCGUUACAAGCAUGUCUGGAGAAGGUUUUGAUCGAAAUAUAUACCCCACGGAUCUGAGGCAUCUUUUGAAAAUUUGCCUAGAACAAACGAAAGAAGAAGAUGCGACUGGACCUUCUAAAUAUGAGGAGAUGUCGGAAGAGAGAAGAAAAUGGCUCGAGGAAGCUAUGAAAGCAGCAACAGAAGAUCCAGUUGUAGAGAUGAAAGAAUGCAUUAGAAUCUUGAUUGAAAAGGGGGACAGUGAAGAUGAAAUAGAAGAAAAAGAAGAAGCUCUAGAAAAGUUGUGCUUUUUAUGUGAAGAUAUGGACCUGUCACAAGAUUUUCAUAAAAUUGGUGGUUAUGCCCUUUUGCCACAUCUUCUUCACAAUGACUCCUCAGACAUCCGUUGGAGAGGUGCAGAAUUGAUAGCAAACCUUUGCCAGAACAACCCUUACUGCCAGAGAGCAGCACUUGAGGACAAUCUUUUACCACUCCUCAUAGACGCAUUGGAAAAAGAUAACGUGGUGCUAGUAAAAGUGAAAGCUCUAUAUGCUAUGUCAUGUUUUGUUCGUGGUUUCACAGAUGGAGAAGCUGCCUUCAUGAAAAGUAAUGGACUGUCUGUGCUAAUGAGAGCCAUGCAGGAUGGAGAUGACAAAUUAAAAGUGAAAGCCACAUUUCUCUUAAAGUGUUUAUUUUCACAAAACCGUCUUAUAAAAGAUACACUGUGUGAUAUGGGUAUGGUGGAACAGUUAGUGGGACUAUUAAGUGAACAGCACAAUAAUAACCAUGAACAUUUUAUGAAUGCCUUGUUAAGCUUGGCAACUGAGCAUCAGAGAACUAUAGAGGAAUGUCAGAGACCAGAGUUGCAUAUGAAAGAAUUGUUAAAAAACAGGAUCGAAUAUCUUACAGGAAAAGAAGAGUUUUUGGAGGAAAAGGAAUAUGCGGAACAGCUAAAGAAAAUGUGUUUUGGAUCUCAAAAUAAAGAGACUGGAGAGACUCCUGUGAACAGAUAGGAACUUACCUUGAUGCUCAUUCUGUUAUUGAGAAUUAUUGAGUACUGACUGUAGAUCCACACUGCAUUUUGCAACUGAAGAAAAACAUGAAAAUGCAUUUUUCAACCACGUCAUAUUUUACUAUCAUUUUUUUUAAGGUACUGAAAUGGUACUUUCAGUGAAUUGGCAUCCCUUUCCCGUAUAUUAUUUUCCUGCCCAAUGUAGACACCAAAUGGAUUUAAGUUUUCAAGGGAAAUUUUUUAUGUCACUAGUCAAAGCUUAAGGCAGGAUUUUAGAAGGCCACUUGAUAUGUUUUAUUCAAUUUUUCUUAUUUAAUUUUGCUAUCAAGGGUCUUGUGGAUCCUCUCUACCCUUCUUUGUGAUUGGAUACGGUUCUUUCUUUCUAAGGCCUAGAUGUGACCUUGUCCCAAUAGAUAAGGCUACUCUAUGCCUAUCUGUUCUCCAACUUGUUCUGUUAUUUUUCUCUUGCAGUUUAGUAUCUUUCAUUAAAUCUAAGUAACUGUAACGGUUGCCAGCUAGUCCUCAUCUUCUCCAUCUUAUAGUAUCUGUAAUGUUUGAGAUAUCAGCAUAGAGCUCCUGCUUUUGUGCUGUUCUCAAUAGGCUAAUGUAGCUUCCUUGCUGAUGUUUGGAAGUUGCUCUGUUAAGUGCCCAAGUGUCACAUAGGAAAUUUUUUACAGUUGUUGUGCAAAUAUAUAUCGAUUACUUGAAUGUAUCUUAGGAGAAUCUAAUACUUUUUUCUCAUUUUAUUUGUGCCGUUACGUUUGUGCUUCCCUUUCUGCAAUAUCUUUGUGCGUACUCUCUUUGUGUGAUCUAAAGUUGGUGAAGUCAGCUUAUCACCAUGAUUAAGUUUAAUAAUAAUUGUAAUUAUAAACAGAAUUUUCACAAUUAAAUCAAAAUUUAAAUCAACUGCUGACAGUGAUAGAAUCUGAUGUCUUGUAUUAGAGGAUUCUGUUAACUGGUAGUAUUCUACAAGAAUGUGUGUGAGACUUUCGCUGACUUCAGGAUUCUCUGGCUGUUGAAUUUGUUGUCUCAAAUUAUUCUCCUGGCUAGGAGCUAAGCAGUCCAACACAAGGUUCACUCCAUCCCUUAUCUUACGUGUGUAUAUAGCCUCUUGAUACAAGGUGUCACUUUUUCAAGAGGGGGGAAAACGGGUUUCUCUGAAUAGGUUCCAAAUCACCCUUUCUCAAAAACUGAUUGAAUGCAGACAGCUUCAUUUUUACAGCUGGGGUUGGAGCCUAGGAUGACCAAUGAAAAUGAGAAUUGUGUGGUAUUUUUUGCACAUUUUAUGGUAUCUUUUUGUGUCAAAUCUAGGUGGCCUCUAAGUGCAUCUUGAAGGUUUUCUCCUCACUGACUGACAAUCUUCAGAAUGUCUUUUUAGUUCUGCUAAGUGUUCUGAUGAGUGUAUGUAUUCUGAAUGAGGAAUAGGCUAAAUAUCAUUAUGCACUGCCCAUCUUUCUUAUCAGAGUGUGUAGUAUAAAAUGUUAUUUACAGUGCAGUUCAUUUUUGGAAACCUGGUUGAGCCUCAUUUAUGACAUCAUUUAACUCAGUUCGUCAAUCUAUUACAUUAUAUUCCAGAAGAUCUUACCUGUUACCUGGCAGUGUAAAACCCCAAUAAUAAUUUGGGUCCCUUCUCUUUUUUUUUCAUGGGGAAAACAGUCUAGCUGGUAGCCUAUGGCUUAGGGCUUUGCCUUUAAGGGGAAAUUAAAGCUACAUCGACUGGGGACAUCUAAAAAAAAUUGGAAAGGGGGGUUUUGGGGGGCCCAUACCUUGCUUGAACUUCAAUCUGAUUCUUUUCAUCCAAAGCCUGGGAAGUGUCAGUAGCAAAUUAUAGUUUUUUUUUGUUGUUGAAUUCUGGGGGAGGGGAACUAUGAAGGAAAUGAAAAAACCCAUAACAAGAAAUUAUGAGGAGGCACUGUCAUAAUUUGGGAGUAAUCUAGUUAUCUCCCUUCGAUAAAUGUAACAUCUGCUAAAAGAAUGUCUCCCAUGACAUUAAAGGCUCCUUCUACUUGUGGCCCAUGAAAGCAAGCCAUGAGAGACAAGGCCAUCUUGCUUAGUGCAGGGUAUCUCUUUGUAUCCCUGACUGAAACCCACCAGAUAUCAGCUAUGUCAGUAUCAGAAUACUGAGGAAAGGAAUUGUCAACCUGAAAGAUGUAAUGUUACAAGCAGAGGAGCGAACACCAGACAACACGUUGUUAAUAAUUACUCAACUGCAGCACACAGCUGCGCUUUAUUCUAAUUGGAUAAUAUUACACAAUGUGCAUGACGCACCACUAUGUGACAUCCCCCCCCCUUUUAAAGGAAAAAAACAUACAGACAAUCACUUACCAAUUACUUAUAUGUCUAGCUACAAAAUUUGAUACACAUGCUUAUCUUAAACAUUGUAUUACCACCUUAGUUAAAGUAAUAAAAUACAAAUAAAAGUAAAAGUUCUGUUAUGAUUGUCUCUGAUCAGCAAAAUGCAUUUUAUAAUUAGUGCAAUAACAUUAAACACAACAUGUCUCCUCUAGUAAACAGUCAAUAU